CCGGGCGACUGCGGGGGCGCACUGCCGCCCGGCGGCCCCGUCCCCACCCGCAGUCGGCGGCAGCGGGCACCGAGCCCCAGCUUUGUAGAAAGCCAACCUCAGAGAGGCAGACGGGAUGGCUAGCUCAGCCCGGGAGCACCUGCUGUUUGUGAGGCGUCGAAAUCCCCAGAUGCGGUACACACUGAGUCCAGAGAACCUCCAGAGCCUGGCCGCCCAGAGCUCCAUGCCCGAGAAUAUGACUCUACAGCGGGCCAACAGCGACACCGAUCUGGUGACUUCUGAGAGCCGCUCCAGCCUGACUGCCAGCAUGUAUGAGUACACGCUGGGGCAAGCCCAGAACCUCAUUAUCUACUGGGACAUUAAAGAGGAGGUGGACCCCAGUGACUGGAUUGGACUUUAUCACAUAGAUGAGAAUUCUCCAGCCAACUUCUGGGAUUCUAAAAACAGGGGUGUAACUGGAACACAAAAAGGACAAAUUGUAUGGAGAAUUGAGCCUGGGCCCUAUUUCAUGGAGCCGGAGAUAAAAAUCUGUUUCAAAUACUACCACGGCAUUAGUGGAGCCCUGCGAGCCACGACCCCCUGCAUCACGGUGAAGAACCCCGCUGUGAUGAUGGGGGCAGAAGGCAUGGAAGGAGGUGCUUCAGGAAGUCAGCAUUCUCGAAAACUCGUUAGCUUUACGUUGUCUGAUCUUCGGGCAGUUGGGCUAAAGAAAGGGAUGUUCUUCAAUCCUGACCCUUAUCUUAAGAUGUCGAUUCAGCCAGGGAAGAAGAGCAGUUUCCCCACCUGUGCCCACCAUGGGCAGGAGAGGAGGUCUACUAUCAUCAGUAACACCACAAAUCCAAUUUGGCACCGAGAGAAAUAUUCCUUUUUUGCACUCCUUACUGAUGUCUUAGAAAUUGAAAUUAAAGACAAAUUUGCCAAGAGCCGUCCUAUCAUCAAGCGUUUUCUGGGGAAACUAACCAUUCCAGUCCAGAGGCUUUUGGAGCGGCAAGCCAUCGGUGAUCAGAUGCUCAGCUACAACCUCGGCAGAAGGCUCCCAGCUGACCAUGUGAGUGGGUACCUCCAGUUCAGAGUGGAGGUCACAUCUUCUGUGCAUGAAGAUGCUUCUCCAGAAGCUGUUGGCACAAUACUUGUAGUCAAUACUGUGAAUGGAGACCUAGGAAGCCCUUCUGAUGAGGAGGACAUGCCAGGGGGCCAUCAUGACAGCCCGGUUUGUUCCAAUGGACCAGUUUCUGAGGAAAGUGCUAAUGGGACCCCCAAGCAUUCUUUCAGGACUAGCUCUACUCUGGAAAUAGACUCAGAAGAAUUAACCUCUACUUCUUCAAGGACCUCACCUCCCAGAGGACGUCAGGAUUCACUCAAUGAUUAUUUAGAUGCUAUUGAACACAAUGGCCAUUCCAGGUCGGGUGCAACUACUUGUUCGGAAAGGUCCAUGGGAGCCUCUCCGAAACUAAGGAGUAGUUUUCCCACCGACACAAGACUCAAUGCAAUGCUUCAUAUCGACUCAGAUGAAGAAGACCACGAGUUCCAGCAAGACCUGGGUUAUCCAUCCUCCUUGGAGGAGGAAGGAGGGUUGAUAAUGUUUAGCAGGGCAUCAAGAACUGAUGAUGGGAGCCUGACAUCUCAGACAAAGCCAGAAGACAACACGGUGGAGAAUGAGGAAGCCUCCACCAAUGAAGCUGCUUCCUUCGAGGAUAAGCCAGAAAAUCUUCCAGAGCUUGCGGAGAGCUCCUUACCCUCAGGCCCAGUCCCCGAUGAAAGUGAGAAUGCUCCAGAGCCUCCACCAAGUGCUGACCAGGGGAGCACUGAACUGUGUGGCUCUCAAGAGGUAGAUCAGCCCACAAGUGGGGCAGACACGGGCACUUCUGACGCGUCAGGAGGAAGCCGAAGAGCCAUCAGUGAGACGGAGUCCCUUGAUCAGGGGUCUGAGCCUUCCCAGGUGUCCUCGGAAACAGAACCCAGUGACCCUGCCAGGACAGAGAGCGUGAGCGAGGCCAGCACCAGGCCUGAGGGCGAGAGUGACCUGGAAGGGGCCGACAGCUCCUGCAAUGAGAGCGUUACCACGCAGCUGUCCUCGGUGGAGACGCGGUGCUCGUCGCUUGAGAGUGCGCGGUUUCCCGAAACCCCAGCCUUUUCUUCUCAGGAGGAGGAAGAUGGAGCCUGUGCAGCAGAGCCCACCAGCAGUGGCCCCGCUGAAGCGUCACAGGGUCCCGUAUGCACUCCUGGUUCUCUACCUGUAGUGCAGGUGCCCAGUGGAGAGGAGGAUGGGCCAGGGGCAGAAUCGGCUACUUCACCUGACCAGGAGGAGGUGGGCGAGGUCUGGCAGCGGAGGGGGAGCCUGGAGGGAGCUGCCGCUGCUGCUGAGAGCCCGCCCCAAGAAGAGCGUGAUGCGGGGCAUGCCCAAGGGGCUUGUGAAGGGGCCGCUGCCCAGGAGGAGGGCGCCACCGGAGGUUCUCAAGCCAACGGCCACCAGCCAUUGCGAUCACUGCCUUCAGUGCGCCAGGAUGUUAGCCGGUACCAGAGGGUGGACGAGGCUCUCCCACCAAACUGGGAGGCACGCAUUGACAGCCACGGCAGGAUCUUCUACGUGGAUCACGUAAACAGAACCACGACUUGGCAGCGGCCCACAGCUCCCCCUGCCCCGCAGGUGCUGCAGAGGUCCAACUCCAUACAGCAGAUGGAACAGCUGAACCGGCGAUACCAGAGUAUCCGCAGAACCAUGACUAACGAGAGGCCUGAGGAAAAUAGCAAUGCGAUUGAUGGGGCAGGGGAGGAAGCCGACUUUCACCAAGCCAGUGCAGAUUUCCGACGGGAGAACGUCCCGCCCCACUCUACCUCCAGAUCCAGGCUCACGUUGCUGUUACAGUCUCCCCCCGUGAAGUUCCUCAUCAGCCCAGAGUUCUUCACCGUGCUGCAUUCUAACCCUAGUGCCUACCGCAUGUUUACAAACAACACGUGUUUGAAGCACAUGAUCACCAAAGUCCGGCGGGAUACCCACCACUUUGAACGCUACCAGCAUAACCGGGACCUUGUGGGAUUCCUCAACAUGUUUGCAAACAAACAACUGGAGCUGCCGAGGGGCUGGGAAAUGAAACACGAUCAUCAGGGCAAGGCAUUUUUUGUCGACCACAACUCCCGUACCACCACUUUCAUCGAUCCCCGGCUCCCGCUUCAGAGCAGCAGACCCACGAGCGCGCUGGUGCAUCGACAGCACCUGACCAGGCAGCGCAGCCACAGCGCAGGCGAGGUAGGAGAAGAUUCUCGACAUGCAGGACCACCAGUUCUUCCCAGGCCAUCGAGUACAUUCAACACAGUCAGUAGGCCACAGUACCAGGACAUGGUUCCAGUGGCUUACAAUGACAAGAUUGUUGCAUUUCUGCGCCAGCCCAACAUCUUUGAAAUUCUACAGGAGCGUCAACCUGAUCUUACCAGGAAUCACUCACUCAGGGAGAAGAUCCAAUUUAUCCGAACUGAAGGGACCCCAGGAUUGGUGCGUCUUUCAAGUGAUGCCGACCUUGUUAUGUUGCUGAGUUUAUUUGAAGAAGAGAUAAUGUCAUAUGUGCCUCCACAUGCCUUACUCCAUCCCAGCUACUGUCAGUCCCCACGUGGCUCUCCUGUGUCCUCUCCCCAGAACUCGCCAGGUACUCAGCGUGCCAAUGCCCGUGCUCCAGCCCCUUACAAGCGAGACUUUGAAGCCAAACUAAGAAACUUUUACAGGAAGUUAGAGACUAAAGGAUAUGGACAAGGCCCAGGGAAAUUAAAGUUAAUUAUCAGAAGAGAUCACUUGCUCGAAGAUGCUUUUAAUCAGAUUAUGGGCUACUCCAGAAAAGACCUGCAGAGAAAUAAGCUGUACGUCACAUUUGUUGGGGAGGAAGGGCUGGAUUACAGUGGACCUUCCAGAGAGUUUUUCUUCCUGGUAUCCAGAGAACUCUUUAACCCAUAUUAUGGCUUAUUUGAAUAUUCAGCCAAUGACACAUACACAGUACAAAUAAGUCCCAUGUCUGCUUUUGUAGACAAUCACCAUGAAUGGUUCCGGUUCAGUGGUAGGAUCCUUGGUCUUGCACUAAUUCACCAGUAUUUGUUGGAUGCCUUCUUCACACGGCCCUUUUAUAAGGCUCUUCUCAGAAUUCUCUGUGACCUGAGUGAUCUAGAAUACCUUGAUGAAGAAUUUCACCAGAGCCUGCAGUGGAUGAAAGACAAUGACAUCCAUGACAUCCUGGACCUCACGUUCACUGUGAACGAAGAAGUUUUUGGGCAGAUUACUGAACGAGAAUUAAAACCAGGGGGUGCUAACAUCCCAGUCACCGAGAAGAAUAAGAAGGAGUACAUCGAGAGGAUGGUGAAAUGGAGGAUUGAGAGGGGUGUUGUGCAGCAAACAGAGAGCUUAGUGCGUGGCUUUUAUGAGGUGGUGGAUGCCAGGCUGGUAUCUGUUUUUGAUGCAAGAGAACUAGAACUGGUCAUCGCAGGCACAGCUGAAAUAGACCUAAGUGAUUGGAGGAACAACACAGAAUAUAGAGGAGGAUAUCACGACAAUCAUAUUGUAAUUCGGUGGUUCUGGGCUGCAGUGGAAAGAUUCAACAAUGAACAACGACUAAGGUUGUUACAGUUUGUUACAGGCACAUCCAGCAUUCCCUAUGAAGGAUUUGCUUCUCUCCGAGGGAGUAACGGCCCAAGAAGAUUCUGUGUGGAGAAAUGGGGGAAAAUCACCGCUCUUCCCAGAGCUCACACUUGUUUUAACCGUCUGGAUCUCCCUCCGUACCCAUCCUUCUCCAUGCUUUAUGAAAAACUCUUGACAGCAGUUGAAGAGACCAGUACCUUUGGACUUGAGUGACCUGGAGGCACAAUGCCCCGCUCCGUGUAGACAGGCAAUUCCAGAAGCUGCCUCUAGAAGAAUGGCUGAACAUUGGAAGUUUCAAGAGUACACUUCCAUUAGAGUAAAGCUGAGUGCUAUUAUUUUCCAGGAACACGUGUUCUGUCACAUUUGGGGACUGGAUAGUGGUGAUGAGUCCUCUUGGAAGGAUUUGGGUGAGCUUGAUGCCCAGGGAACCACCCAACAAUCUUUCAAUCAACAGUUCUUGACUGCCAAACUUUUUUCCAUUUGUUAUGUUCCAAGACAAAGAUGAACCUGUACACGAUCAGCUCCAUGAUAACUUUUAGAGACUCAGGAGAAUCUUGAAACUUACCUUUGAACAUGAUUCAAGCCAAAUUGGCAGCACUUGGCCCAGUCUCCAAAUUAGUGCAAGUUAAAUAAUAUAAUAAAAACAAAUAUAUCUCCUGAAAAUACAUUCAUUUAAGCCCUAAGUUAUAACAGAAUAUUCAUUUUCUUGCUUAUGAGUGCCUGCAUGGUGUGCACCAUAGGUUUCAGCUUUCAUGGGACACAGUGAAAAUGAAACCAAGUCAA